UUGAGUAUUCUAGGGUUUGCGACUCUUCGCACCGGGCGCCAACCCUUUCGAGGCUGAGGAGGCAGGAUCGGGACCCGUUUCGCCGUUUUCUUCUCUCUUGUAAUAAGAAGUCGACUUGCUUCUUCGUUACCUCUCCAAGUCAAAAUGGCUACGGUUCCUGGACCACUUAUCUGGGAGAUUGUGAAGAGAAACAAUGCUUUUCUUGUCAGGCAGUUCGGUAAUGGCAAUGCCGCCGUGCAGUUCAGCAGAGAGUCCAACAAUCUCUACAAUGUGAAUUCCUACAAGCACUCUGGUCUGGCGAACAAGAAGACGGUGUCUAUUCAGCCAGGAGGGAAGGACCUCUCUGUUGUUCUUGCGACAACUAAGACAAGGAAGCAAAACAAACCUGGUAAUCUGUAUCACAAAUCAGUCAUGAAGAAGGAGUUCCGUAAGAUGGCAAAGGCAGUCAUGAACCAGGUGACCGAAAACUACUACAGGCCAGACUUAACCAAAGCAGCUCUUGCCAGGCUCAGUGCUGUACACCGCAGUCUCAAGGUUGCCAAGUCUGGUGCAAAGAAGAGGAACAGGCAGGCUGUUAAAGUAAAAUACUAGGUUUCUGGAUGGUUGGUUCUGCAACUAUUUGUUUUUGUUCUGAAGAGUUUUGUUGAAGACCCCGCAAAUAGAAUCAUGAGACCAUUUAAUUAUUUUACCAAGUUUCGUUUUGAGAUGCCUUACUCGCUUUGGCGCACAUUUUGAGUAUUAGAUGAUUUUAGGCCCUCCAGUCGUUUAUCAAUAUCGAUCUCAUCAUUUGGUGAGGGGAAUGUUAUGCCUUUCAUUUGGUGUAAUAUCAUCAGAAAUGAAUGUGCGUUAUACUG